CACUCUACAUAUAUAACCCAUUAAAAAAGCAAAAACGGUUAUAUGGUUUUCGUACUCAAUCAGUUCACUUGCUUGGUGGCAUUUCAAUUAAUAAGUUGUGGUUUCGAAACUUUAAGUUCCAGUGUGACUAAAACUGAAUAUUAAAUGGAAAAUAAAGCACCGUUCUUUGGCGCUCGUCAUGUGCAAUGUAUUUUAUUAUUUCUCGGAGCCGCUGCUGCGUUCGCGCAACGCGCAAAUCUCUCUGUAGCGAUAGUAGCAAUGAUGGAUAAGAAUUCGGCAAACCCCAAUUUUGAGGAGUACCAAUGGUCCGAGCAGACAAAAUCCUACCUGCUCAGCAGUUUCUUUUGGGGCUAUUUUGUAACACAAAUACCGGGCAGUCAGUUGGCGCACAAAUUUGGUGGUAAAAUAACGCUGCUCCUUAGCAUAACACUAAGUGCAAUUUUGGCUUUACUCACGCCGCUGAGCGUGCGUUUGGGCGAUUGGCAACUGCUCUGUGCGCUGCGUUUGUGUCAAGGUCUCUUCCAGGGUAGCACGUUUGCAUCGAUCCACACAAUACUCUCCAAAUGGAUACCAGCCGAGGAGCGUAGCUCACUUGGCACCUUUUGCUACAGCGGUAUGGCUUUUGGUACUGUGCUGAUGAUGUUCGUCAGCGGUUGGAUUGCCUCUUCCACAUUCGGUUGGCCGGGCAUAUUCUAUUUUGCUGGCUUAAUCAGCGUAGUUUGGGGUUUCAUUUUUUACUUUGUCGGCACUAACACACCAAGUGAAUGCAAAUCAAUGACUGAGGCGGAGCGUUUAUAUAUUGAAGCCGCAAUUGCGACAACGGUUAAACCGGAGCAUGAGCAAGCAAUCAUGAAGACACCUUGGUUGAAGAUACUCAGCUCUGUGCCUUUCUGGGUGGUAUUGCUGACGCAGGCCACCUACGCAUGGGGCUAUUGGACACUGAUGACACAAAUCCCCUCAUAUAUGAAGAGCAUACUGGGACAAGAUAUCCAGAGCAAUGCGCUCAUGUCCGCAGCGCCUUAUCUGGCUGAUUUGUUGUUGACAUUCGUAUUUUGUUUUUUAUCUAGUUUUCUGAUUAAACGUAGCUACAUCAGUAUUAAUGUCAGUCGGAAACUGUUCAAUACUAUCGGAUUUUGGGUGCCUAUAGUACCGCUCAUACUACUCGGCUAUAUGCGCGCCGAUCAGAGCGAGUUGGCACUGAUUUUGCUGGUGAUUGCUGUUAGUGUGAAUGCGGCCGGCAAUUUGGGUUUCCUCAUCAAUCAUAUUGAUUUAGCCCCCAACUUUGGUGGUGUCCUUAUGGGCAUGGCGAGUAGUGCGGCAAAUAUUAUGAGCUUAUUGGCCCCACUGGCGGUGGGCUUCAUUGUUACAGAUGCGGUUCGUAUAUUUUCUAUUUAUUAUUUAUAUAGAAAGCUUACUUUUUUAUUUAACGGCCUGCAUUUACAGAAAAAUGUGCUACAGUGGCGUAUUGUCUUUUACAUUGCUAGCGGCAUGUACUUCGUUGGCAAUUUAUUGUUCAUCUUGUUUGGCCAGACUAAAAUCCAGGUCUGGAACUAUCCUAAACGGCAAUCCACAACGGCAUGAGCGCGUUGGUAUUUGAGUGGAAACUAUUAAAAUUAACACAGAGAGUAUGUGAAGACAAUAAAAUAAUUGACUCUAGAAAUGCUCUAGUAGCGAUCGUUGCUGUCUUCAGAAGCCUGAAUAUAAAAAAUUAAAAAAAAACUCAACUCCAAUGAAUCGGUUAUAUUAAUAAAAGUGUUGAUAACCAUAUUGACACAUUCUUAUCGAAGAUUAAAGUACAGUUUUGUUCAAUGCUCUUUAAUCUUUUCGUCAUAACACAGUAUUUGCACAGCAGAAGUGAGCGCAUUAUCUCGUGUCAGAGCUAAAAGAUUGCAGUAGUUUAAUCAAAAAGCCACUUCAGGCGAGUAAAGGUGUUUCCACUUAAGUUGAUCUAUGUUACUUAUGUGUUAUUAAAUGUUCAAUAUGAACUAUUUAGAAUUAAAAAAAAAACAAAAAAAAAAUAAGUAAGACCUUUAACUAGUCCGCUAAAUAUAGGAAUGUCAACAUCAACUUUCAUUAAUGAAAUUCUUGUACUUAUAAGGAAAUCACUUUAAGAUAUAAUCGAAUGUACUCGGCUAUAACUAAGAUCUACACCAAUAAAGAAAACGAAGAAUACAUAUGUAGGAAUAUAAACAAGAAUAAACGUUAGGCU